AUGAGCAACCAUAUUCCACAAAAGCCCCCGGGCAGUCUCGAUCAGUCCAACGGCAAUCGCCACAAGAAAAGUAACCGCGCUAAGAACUACAAGUCCUUGAAUGAAGACAUCACGCCUUUGGAAAGACAGGCGCAUCUGGGCAAAAAAGUGAAUGCCUCUUCCCGCAAAAACCAGAUAUCUAUAGACCAUUUGUUUGAGUUUCAGCUGUAUAGAGAUCUGCCUGAGUACCAGAAGCUGCGCAGGCAUCCUCCAAGAUCGAGAAGAAGCUCGGGGUUAGACUCGAAGCCGAAAAAGCAUCACUUAUUUCUUCAUGGCAUGAGAUUCAUCAAUGUCAACUACAAGUUUGUCGUCGACUACCGAAAAAACUAUAACGCCCAACAGUUGGACCCAAACGUUCCGGUAGACACGGACGACAUCUUGCGAACCAUUGUGCCCAAGGGCAACGCCUGCCCGAUUUGCUUGUCUGAAGACUUGAUCGCUCCCAGAAUGGUGACAUCUUGUGGGCAUAUUUUGUGUCUCACAUGCUUGCUCUCCCUUUUGGAGAGCGAGGUGCCCAAGCUGAUGAAGAAAGAAAGUAGCGUGAUAGUUGAGAAAUAUAGAGACUGUCCGUUGUGUGGUUCCAUCAUCAGACAGAAAGACGUGAAACCUGUUCAGAUAGACAACGUCGACGAGCGCUUUGAGGUUCCUAAGAUUAAGGACGAAGUUGUGCUCACUCUCAUGAGCAGACAACCACAUCGUGUUUUCCCUUUACCUCGUCAAUUGGAACAACUCAAUGAUACUAUCGACACGUUUCCCUGGGCCGCACAGUCAGAACCCGACUUGAGCCAGUACCUGCGAUUUUUCAAAGGAGAUCUCGCAUAUUUGGUGGGCAUGUAUCAGGCAGAAAUGGAACUGAUCAAACGAGUAUACGAAGAAGAAAAGGAGCUUUACAAUGACGACGGAAAAUUCAUGAGAAUGGCUCUUAAAAACAUCGACGAUGAUUUGGCACUCUGGUCGUCUAAGUUUGCCACCGAUCUUCCGGACAGCGCAAAAGCGCUGCGAGUAAACCAGCCAAAAGUGGAGGGAGUACCCUUUUAUUAUUAUCAGACGGGGUUCAAGGCUUCAACAGUAUACGUGCUUUCACCACUUGAUAUCAAAGUGUUGAAGUCCAGCUACAAUAAUGAUUACUCGCAUCUACCGAGCUCACUCGUAGCACAAGUGGAAAACAUAAGAUAUGAGGAACUCACAGCAGAGACUGCUUCAACGAAGUAUAAAUACUUACUGCAUUUGCCCCUGGGAACAUUGAUUGGUUUUUUGGAAUGCAAGUGGCAGAACAGCGAGUAUAUCUCGAAAGAAACAUGGGCGACUUUCAAAAGCGAUCUCAUGAAGCGGAGCAAACAGUCGAACAAGAAGUUCCACUCAGAGGAGUCAAAGCGUCGUAGAGCUCUCAAAGACGAAGAGAGACGCACGCGAGAAUUCUUUGAUCGAGAGAACAACAGCAUUCCCUACCUGGAUCAGGACUGGAUGCCGCCCGCAAACUUUGGUAGCCUCAGCAUUACAGACUUUAGAGACCUUCCAGCCUUAACUUCUGAGGGUCAUACCGAGGAGCAUGAGAGCUUGACGGAGCAGCCAGAACAAGAGACACCCAAGUUAAAAAAAACUGUUUGGGGUACCAGCAUACCCCAUUCAGAGAUUCAAACUUUAGAUGAGGGGGAAGAAAACGACUGGGACCCAGAAGAGAUGAUUCGAAGAGCUCGUGAGGAAAUGAAAAGACAAGAAGCCAACAACAGCGGCAAAAAGAAAAAGAAGAAAAAGAAGCUUGUUUUACUCUCGUCUUCAUAG